GUAACAUUACCAUUAGUCUAUACUAAAAGGCAUUACUGUUUCAAUCUACCAAAUUUACUUGUUUGAACCAACAACAACAAUACAAAAGCCAAACUGAAAACUAUUAAAUGAUUUAGAAAUAUUAAAAUUUAUUAUUGAGAUUGUGUCCUAUUUCUGCCUGUCUGAAAUCUUCUUCUGUAUUGUUCUUCAUCAUCAUUAUUCAUUUUACAUUUUUACCCCUAUUCAAUAUUGUUACCGUAAUUCAAGACAGUUGAAUAGUAACACAAAAAUUAGGAAAAAAAAAUGAAAACCGUAUCAAAUUGGUUAACUUAUUGAAUGAGUUUUGUUUAAAUUAGUAAUAUUUUAGUGCGCGCACACACACACACGCACACGUACACACAUACACACAACAACAACAACAAAUUUGCUAUCAGCCAUUCCAAGAUUUCUGAGUUAAUCACUAUGAGAUGAAUGGAAUAAAAUCGUAUAUGAAUUGAAUCUUUGAAUGGAACAUAAUAAACGACCUAUUUACUAUCUAAACUAGUAGUAGUAAUAGUACACUGCAUACAAAUUACAUUAUAUACAACAUAGUCUUACAUGUUACUAUUGCUAUUGUUCGUGGACUAUGAAUGGAUUUUAUGUUAACAAACUUUUAAAUUCAUAAACAAAACAAACGGAUUUAUGAUCUAUUGGAAUUCAUGAUUCUUUAUACAAGUCUUAAAAAAAUGUCUAUCCAUUAAGUGAUCUGAACACCACACACACACACACACACACACAGAAGGAGAGAGAGAGAGGGAGAUAGAGGUUAUUGCAAAUAAUCCACUUUCAACUAUAUAAUGCAACUAUCAAUUGGGAUUGAUUAUUAUCAAUAUAUUUAUAUCUUAUUUAUCAUAACCAUUCUAUAUACAAUCCAUUCAAAUCAAUUAAUGUAUAAUAUUAAUGCUCAAACUACACGUAUUAUACGUAUUAAAGAGAAUACCCCAAUUGGUACUGUAAUUAUACCAAAUAUAAUUGAUUUUUUAUAUGGACCAAAUUAUUCACCAAUAGAAUAUUAUGAACAAAAAAAUAAAAAAAAAGAGAAAAAUAUUGAUUAUUUAUUAGCUAUUGGUAAUUCAGUAAUGCAAGGUGCUAAUUGGUUUGCUAUAGAUAAUUACAAAUAUAGUUUAUAUAUAAAAAUAUCACCAGAUCGUGAUCUAUUAUGUCCAAAUAAUCAAAAAUUACCAGAAACAGCUGUAUCUAUUGCAAAUGGUGGAAUUGAAUUUCCAGAGUAUAAUUUAAAUCUUGGAUCCAAUUAUAAUUUACAAAUUAAUAGUAAUCAUAAUAAUAAUAAUAAUAUGAAUAUGAAUAAUAAUAUUGAUAAUAAUGAUUGUAUCAUAAAAUUAUCAAUUAUACAUGGUUCAUCAGCAAAUCCAUCAUUUGAUUUUAUUACAAUCAUUUUAGAAGAUAUAAAUGAUCAUGCACCAAGUUUUAAAGAGAUUCAAACGAAUUUAGAUAGUAAAACAAAUGAAUUUGUUAUAAGUGUACCAGAAACACCGACGUUAAUGGAUAAAAAAGAUGAUAUAUCAAGUAUGAAACAUAGAACAGAGCAUAAACCAAUAAGAAUUCUAUUACCAACAGCUAUAGAUCCAGAUCAAGGUGUAAAUAGUAUUAAAGGUUAUAGAUUAGAAGGUGAAGAUGCUUUUCAUUUUCGACUUGAAGUAGGUCCUUUAAUAAAUAAUGAUUUAAAUUAUCGAAUUCAUAAAGAAUUUCAACAUGUUGGAUUAUUUCAAGAUCAUAAAUCGAAUCGAUUAUGGUUAGUACCAGUUAGAAAUAAUGGUGGAACAACAGAAACUAUAAAUAAUGGUGAAUUAGAUAAAGAACAACGAAGUGAAUAUCAUUUUAUUUUAGUUGCUUAUGAUGGUGGUUCACCAUCAAGAAUAGGUAAACUUCCUAUACGAUUAAUGAUUGAAGAUAUUAAUGAUCAUUCACCAGAAUUUAAUCAAGAAUUUUAUACCGGAAAAAUAUCAGAAAAUGAUCCUGGUGGUCAUAUAAUAUUUGAAUUUUCUGCAAGAGAUAGAGAUAAUACAAAAGAGAAUGGUAUCAUAAAAUUUCGUAUCCCUGGUCAAAUGGAUCAUAAUACAAAUCAAAAUGAAAUUGUUGGUCAAAGAGAUAGAAUUAGUUUAACCGAUAGUCAAUUAAUUGCUGCAGAAUUAUUUUCUAUAGAAUAUCCAUAUGAGAAAUCAAAUGAUUUAUUAAAUAUACAAGAAAAUUUCUAUAAUAGUACUGUUUAUGGUCGACUUAUUAUUAAACGUCAAUCCAAAGAAAAAAUUCAACAAGCUACAUCGAAAGCUAUUUCAAUCGCUCGACAUAAUCAAAUGAUUAUCGGAUCAAAAUUAGGAUCUAAUUUCCCAUUAAAUCAUCAAUUAAACAAUAACAAUAAUAAUGACUUACUAUCUAAUAAUGAUCAAUUACAUUUUUUUAUAGAAGCAUAUGAUAAUGGUAUAACUCCAUUAGUAACUAAAGUACCAGUCAUUAUUCAUAUUAUUGAUGUAAAUGAUCAUUCACCAGAAAUAUUUAUAUCCUAUCUUAAACCUACACAAUCUACAAUGAAUCAAUUAAAUGUAUAUAAUACAGAUAGACGACAUAUAUGGGGUAAAAUAACUGAAAAUUUAGAAAGAUCAAUUAUAGCACAAAUCACUGUGAUUGAUCAAGAUUCAACAUUAACACAAUCCGAUAUUAUAUGUAAAACAAAUGAUAGUCGAUUUUUAUUAGAAGAAAUCAAUAAUCAUUUAGAUCGAUUUAAUGAUUUUUCAUUAUAUUGGCCUAGUAACAAUCUAUAUAAUAAUAAUAAUCAUAAUAAUAAUAUUGAUUUAAAAUCUCAUUUCAUUGAAUGGAAUAAUCAUAAUAAACCAUUAACAAAAAUAUAUAAAUUAAUGUCAAUCUCUUCAUUAGAUAGAGAAUUCAGUGAUAUACAACCAUCAUUUAUAAAAUUUUCAAUUAUAUGUAUUGAUAAUCAACAUAAUGAAUUACCAGGUGGUUCAUUAACAUCACAAGCGGAUAUAUUACUUGAAAUAGAAGAUAUAAAUGAUAAUUCACCUAUAUUUGAUCAUAAUGAAUAUACAUUUCAUUUACCAGAAAAUUAUCCAAAAAUAAAAUUAGAACAUAGUAUUCAUUCAUCUGAAAUUGAACGUUAUCCUAUUGGGAUAGUACAUGCAACUGAUAAAGAUGGAGGAAUUCAUGGAAAUGUUAAUUAUAAAUUAGUUUCUAAUCCAAGUGGUUCAAUACAGAUAGAUAAAUUUAGUGGAAUGCUUUAUGCUAUUCAACCAUUUGAUCGUGAAACUAUAAAUGAAUUAGUAUUUCAGGUAUAUGCAAUAGAUUGUACAUUAUCAAAUGGAACUAAUGAUCGACAAUGUGAUGAGUCAUUGAGAUUAACAGGAACUGCUAAUGUUCGUAUAAUUAUUGACGAUUUAAAUGAUUCUCCUCCGAUUUUUCAAGAAGCCAAUUAUCACUUUGAAGUUGAAGAGGGAUUAGAUCUUGUUAAAGUUGGACAAGUAUGGGCUGUUGAUGCUGAUCAAGAAGAAGCUGCACGUAUUUCCUAUCGUCUAGCAGUUGGAAUUAAUAAUCGAAUUAAAGAACCAAUAAAUGAUGGAAAUUUUGCAGAACAAGUUACAAAGUCCUCCAACAAUCAGAAUCUUUACGAUGAAGCACUUGAGAUUACCACUCAUUUCCAAAUUGAUCCAAGAAGUGGGAUUAUUCACCUAAAGGGAAGGCUAGAUCGUGAAAGACGUGCACACUAUGAAUUUGUGGUUCUAGCUUUGGAUAACCCUAGGUCCAUACCGACAAAAAUAGCUGGAUACCAAAGACAAACAACAAAUGAAGUCAUUCAGUUCACAGCAACGGCAACAGUUCUAAUAACCGUGUUAGACCACAAUGAUAAUCCACCUAGAAUACUCAGUCCAUUGAAUCAUGUAGAAUUUAUGCUAAGCCCAGAUCAGCUAAUCGCUGGAAAUACGAUAUUUACAAUACGUGCGACCGAUCCAGAUUUAGGUGAAAAUGGUACGAUUGAAUACAAAUUACUUCAGGUGGAAGAUGACCUAGGUUCAUGGAAUUUCGCAGAAUCUGUUCAAAGGAAUAGUCAAGUAAAUCAUAGAAAUACUACAGAUACGAAUUCACAAAUGAACCAAGAAAGUAAAUCUUCGAAUGUUGACUAUCCGUUUGCUGUAGAUCGAACUGCAGGCAUUUGUUAUCUUCGCGAGAAUCUACCACCGUUAAAUGUUGAUGGUCCUAGAGCUUAUAUGCUACGUAUAUUAGCCUAUGAUUUAGGAAAACCGGAUAGUUUAAACACAACUCUAGUUAUUCGUGUGGCUCGUCAAGUAGGAUCAAAUGGAGAUAUCUCAAAUGGAAUAUUAUACUCAAAUAGAAUUAAUGCUAAAGAAUAUCGACAGACUGGGAGAACAGAAACACAACAAUAUUUAUUCCCAUCAAACGAGCAUGAUUCUGAAUCCGAUGUUAAAGUUGGAACAUGGACAUCAGCAGGGCAUGCAAGAAUAUCCGAUAAAACAAUGGUUGUUAUUUUAUCAACUGUAUUUGUUUUACUAUUGCUUACAACAAUUGUUCUCCUACUACUUGUACGCUACAGACGUCUAUUAAUACGAAAUAUUCCAUUAGAGCAAAGUUUAGCAUGUGAUGGUCCUGAUUCAAAAGCAAAUGAAGGUUUUGCUGUGGGUAAACCAUUGAGUCCAACUCAAAAUAAUUUGAAUGGUUUCAAUGGAUUCUUCACUGAGGUUGUUACAGCUCCUUGGGUUGGUGGUUCAACAUCUCCAGUUGUUUACCCAACUCCAUGUAACUAUCCCACUAUAUACAAUACAGGUGUUAACCGUUCAAGAGGUUGUAUAGCAAAUCCUAAUGCUUGUUGGUCACCUACAACUACUUUAUGUAAAUCACCUAUUUCUAAUCAUGAAAAUCAACGAAAAUGUAUGCAAACACCAACUACAAUGUAUCAUUCAUCACCAUCACAUGGAUUCAGAAUAUUACCAACAUUUGGUGUUACUAGUAAUUGUGUUGGUGUUGGAAAUAAUCGACAAUUUGAUUCCCCUGUUUCAGGUGUAAAUCCAUCAUUCUCUGGACUACCUAAUGGUUAUAUUCUUCAAAAUUAUAGUUUACGCGAUGAUGACGAUGAUGUUGAUGAUGAUGAUGAAGGUAAUGGAAUAUUUCAUGAUAUAACACCAAAUAAUGAAAUAAAUAAUAAAACUAUUAAAACUAAUGAUGAAAGACAAAAUCUGAAAAAUCCUAAAUCGGAACAAAUUUUUCCAAAAUCAUUAGCUAAUAAUCUUCAUUGUCAAAAUAAAUUACCUGAAACAGAUAUGAUAAGAUCAUUUUCAUCAUUGAAACGAACAGCUAUUAGUCUUGAAGAGAUUAAUGAUUACAAAGAUGAAACAAAUUCUAAAAAUUAUAGUCGUUUAGUACGUUUCCAGUUAGCACAAGGUGAUAUACAUGAAAAUGAUCCUGUGCAUAAUAAUAUACCAAUAUCAUCUAGAAAUGAAUAUCAAACAUUAACAUCAUUUCAUCGUGGUGAUGAUGAUGAUAAACAAUUGAAUAAAUCUUCACCAUUAUUUUGUAGUUGGAUAAAAUCUGAUCAACAUCAACCAAUUGAAUCAUUCCUAAAUCCAUAUGAUCAAUUAAAUUGUAAAACACAAUUGAAAUCAUCCAAACCAAACAAUAUUAAUAAUAAUAGUAAUAGUGGGAAACAAAAUCAUACUAUUACAACCAAUAAUAAUAAUAAUAGUGGUGGUGGUGGUGGUAAUAGCAACAACAAUAACAAUAACAAUGGUAACAUUCAUAGUAUAUUCCCAGAUUUUUUUCAAUUACAACCAUUGACACAUUCACAAUUAACUGAUAAUCACAAAACACCAUCAUGUGAGAAUUUAUGUCCAUCGGAUGAUUUUUAUAUGUCAACAAUCAAAUCCAAUAAAAAGUCUAUUAAUAAUACUGAUAACAUAUUCGGUAACAGUAAUCAUAAUCAUAAUAAUAAACUAAUGCCUACAUUGAAUAAAUGUAAUUUAUUAAAUAAUAAUCAUUCAUUAACAAAUUAUCCAACAACAAUUGAAUGUACACAUAAUAUAUCAAAUGAUUUGAAUAAAUCACCCAAUCAAUUAAUGGAAGGGGAGAAAAAAAUGAAAACAACACGUCAAUCAAAAAUGGUUACGUUGAUUUCACCAAAAAAGGAUUCAUCAGUAAUCAUUAACAAUAAUAAUACUAAUAAUAAUAGUAAUGAUACGAAUGAAAUGCAUAACUUAUAUGAUGAUAAUAAUAAUAAUAAAGGAAAUACUAAUGUAAAUAAAUCUUUAAAUGCUGAAGGUAGUUUUGUUUAAU